ACCUUAGUCCCAGUGAACAUCAGUAUGGGUCCACUACUAGUCUUCUUCCUGUAUUUGCUACAAUUGCAGGCGACAAUACGAAGCGAAAUCAUAGAAUCACCAAACGAACAACUAAACACCAUAUCCGACACUGAUGAUACCGAUUUAAAUGAAAGCGGGCCUAACGAACGAACUGAGAAUUCACAAAAAUUACCUUUCAUACAAACUGGACGCGAUCCAACUGAAGUAGAGUUUCGUUAUCCCAUCGCAUCGUUGAAUAUUGACUAUACGAAAAAUUUGAUUAUUUUGAAAUUUCGUAAGUCCAAGGCCGACGAAGAGGAGGAGCGUCGUCGAAAAUCGUUUAAUGAGAAUUUCAUGCGUUUUGGACGCGAUGCAGAUUUCAUGCGCUUCGGACGCAGUCCAUCUGACUUUAUGCGCUUCGGCAAACGUGCGCUCGAACAAGUGCCCAAAGUGAAUAGUCUCGAUCACGAUUAUACGGUUAACUACGAUAAGAGCGCCGAUGCGGGUCGACGCAUUGAACGCAGUCAAGAGGGUAUACGCGAUUCACGCGGUGACAACUUCAUGCGUUUCGGUCGACCAGCCGAUGACUUUAUGCGUUUUGGACGUAGCGCUAAUGACUUUCUACGCUUUGGCCGUGCUUCGGGUGAUUUUAUGCGCUUCGGUAGAAAUCCUUCGGACUUUAUGCGUUUCGGACGCGGUGGUUCUAAUGAUUUUAUGCGUUUUGGUCGCAAUUCCAAGAACGAUUUCAUGCGCUUCGGACGUACGCCAAAGGAACAACGUGGCGACAAUCAAGAUUUCAUGCGUUUCGGGCGACCGGACAAUUUCAUGCGCUUCGGUAGAACACCGGCAACAGUAAAACAACCAACGGUUGCACCGAAUUUCAUGCGCUACAGUAAACCAGAUCAGAAUUUCAUGCGUUUCGGCAAGAGUUUGGGGCAGCAAGCUAAUGAAAAUAGCACCAAACCACCACUACCCAGAGAGGUGAUCAAAGAAGCCGCGAAAAUUCUACAUCAAGCCGAACAAUACGGCGGUAUAGGCGAAAGUAAUCCCAUGGACAGAGCCAUUAAAGUUUUGUUUAGUAAGGAUGGCGAGCACGAAACCUCGGCACAAGAUGAGAAGAGCGCUCAAACUGACGCCGAAGCGAUCGAUGAGGACACAGACACUGAUUACGAACUGAAUGAACUAAAUUUGGUGCAAUGAGCUAAAUCUACGUAUAUGAAUGGCAUUCAAGCUCGUACCAAAUUUGACGACCUCAUGUAAAUAAUUACUUUGCUAAAAUUGAUGAACUGGCUACGGCAACUUACACAGACACACAUAACCUAUACACAUGUAAAGUAAAAUAUAAUUUUGAUAUAAAAUUAUAUAAAUUAAAUGUAAAUAUGCAUAUACAGGGUGUAUGCUGUAAACAAAAAUUAGAAAAAUCUUAGUGUAUCUUAUUUGACAUGUUUGGAAGUGAACUUUUACUAGGGCUGGAAUAAAAGUUCACUUUCUGAGCGAGUUCCUUACUCUGAUUAAACAAAAAAAAUGUGAACAUGCAACCCAGUAAACGAAUAAAUAUUUCAAUGUAAACUAUAUAAAUAUACAUACUUUGAAAAUUUGUUAAAAUUAUAUAGGGAAAUUAAAAAUAUAUACAAACACACACAUAUACAUAUAUAGGUAAGAAUAUGAAUCGAUAUAGCUAUGUAAAGAAUAUAUAAAUCUAUUUUAGCUUCACAUACUUAUGUACUUAUGAAAAAAUUAUACAACAUUUUAAUUGGUUUUGAAAUGAUCAAUGAAAAUCAAAAUAAAACGAAGACUUCUAAAGCAACAAAA